UGCACGUGCGGGCAGCCGGCAUACGUCAUGGCGGCCAGGUGCCUCUUCGGGGCUACGCGGACCUGGGCCACCUGGGCGGCCCGAGACCUCCCGGUCCCUGUCGAGCCGGGGAGACUCCUUGUACGGGGUUAUGCCAAGAGACCGGUCAUGAAGGGGGGCAAAGGUGGCAAAGGCGGUGCGGUCAGCGAGGCCCUGAAGGACCCAGACGUAUGCACAGACCCUGUCCGACUCACCACACAUGCCAUGGGCGUCAACAUCUACAAGGAGGGCCAGGACGUGGUCCUGAAGCCAGACGAGGAGUACCCUGAGUGGCUGUUCCAGAUGAACACGGGCCCCCCCAAGAAGCUGGAGGAGCUGGACCCCGAGACCCGGGAGUACUGGCGGCUGCUGCGGAAACACAACAUUUGGCGUCACAACCGAUUGAGCAAGAACCGGAAGUUCUAGCGGGGACGGGCCCAGGCCACCCCGACCCGGCAGGGACCUCACCAGGCCCUGAAGGAGGAUCCCGGAGGCACAUGAUUUUCCUGGAGAAAGCAGUUUCCUGAGAACAGAGGGGGUCCCCAGAGUGACGCCGGGCCCUGGGUGCCGCUGGGUGCCGUCCGCCGCUGGAGCCAGGAGGCAGGCAGGCAGGGGGCACCUCCGGCCUCGGGGUUCCGCGCCCUCAGCCUCCACCCUGGCAGGAGACAUAACUUUCUUGGUUGUAAGCGACUCAACUCUGCUCCAGGCUACCUGAGACCUCCCGAAACCAAGGCGUCCGGGGUGGGCGCUGGCCUUGGGGACGUCAGUGUCUUCCAUCUCUGGGUCCCCGUAGCCCCAGGGGCUAGUUCCCUUGGACAAGAGCAGCUCCAGGACUCCCGGCUGCAGCCCCCUACCCAGUUUAGCAAACCCAGCCAGAGGGGAGGGGCUUCCUUUCUUGCCCAAGUCACGUGUUAUCCGCACUGGUCAGUCACUGGAAAGAGCCGGGGCCUGGGGCUCCCCACCACCCUCCUGUCCACCUGCCUGGCACCCGGGUCUCAGGCUCCCCCGCCCCUCCCUCCUCAGCCCCACCCCCCCAGGAAGUGCAUCCUGGAUUCUUGAACACCGUGAACCUGACCCCCAGACUGGGAACCCCAGCUCCCAGCAGCGCUAACCCCUGCCCUGCCUGGGGCCCCGGGGCGAGGCCAGGCCUUGCGGGGCGUGGAGAGGGGGUGGGGUGAGGGCCCCACGUGGGCGCUGGACCCGGGCCCUCCAGGCUCCUCUGCUUGUCUAGCUGGGUGGGCGGGGCUGGGGACUAACUCUGUCCCAGGAAGGCGGGAGGCCUCAUCCUCUUAGGAAGACUGCCAAGCGGAUUACUCGCCCUCCCUGGGGGCCCAGCCCAGAGCAGGCGGAGGGUCCCAACCCUCCCGGGGUCCCCUUGGCUCUCAGGGUAAAAACAAAGUUGUAGCAGCCACAAAGCCUUGCCAGGCCUGCCUCCUGGCCCCUCCCUGCGGGCGCCUCACUGCUCCAGCCACAGGGGCCUCCUGGUGGUUCCUCCCUCACACCUGCCCCAGGGCCUUUGGAUGUGCUGUUCCCUCUGCCUGGGUGCCUCUUCCCCCCAGGUGUUCCCAUGGCUCCCUCUUUCGUCUCCUACAGUUCCAUGAUGUCACCUCCCAGAGGCCCCCGACCACCCCGUUAAACCACAGUCCUGACUUGCACUCUAGGCUGCCUCUUCCGGUUUUGUUUCCUCCCAGCACUCACAGCCAGCUGGUGUUUUCCGUGUGUACGUAUUUAUUUAAUUGUG